AUUCAAUAAUCAAAAUCAAGAGGACAUGAGUAGUCCAACUACAAUUGAGGUAAAUCCAAGAAUAUAACCAGAAUCUGUAUUGGUUUCGUUACCAGUGCUUGAAUUAUUAUUAUCAGAAUUGUUUGGUUAGACGACAACUGUUCCACAUUGAGUACAUUUGGAGUUUGUUGGAUUCCAUGAAUAAAGAUAUGCGGUCAAAGUGUAGCAAUCUCCUUCCUUUAAAGUAUCAGCAGUAGUAGCAGUGCAGGCACCGCUGACUGUUGAACAAACGUUGUAUUUCUUUUAAUCCCAAGUAAAGAAGUAUUUGCAACUUAAGACUUAAGCAGCAUAUGUAAGACAAGUGUGAUCAGCACAAAGUUUUGUUUUUGAGUCCAUUUAGCAUCUAUCAUUAGCUUAUGUGCAAGCAUUAGCAUCACCUCCUGCUGCAGCGCAACUAGUCAUCAAAGAGCAUUUUCCAGUUGUGGUUCCUCCAGUGGUAGUUUCAGUCCAAACACAAAUACCAUCAGUUCCUUUGGAAUUGCAAGCAGUCUUGGUAGUGUAUGUUGAACAGUUAGCUUUAGCAAUGCAAGCGGUUCCAUUUGAAACACAAUUAGCAACUCCUUAACAAGCUUAGGUUGUUGUACCAUUUGGAAUAUCAGAGCAAACCUUGGUUCUGCAACUUCCUGUAGCAUCAGCUGCAACCCAGAAGCAAGAUCCUUCGGUACCACCAGCAACAUUACAAGCUCCUUAAGUUGUGUAACUAUUACAAGCUCCUUUAACAAGACACUUAACUCCAUCUGAUGUGCAUGUCUUCAAUCUGGAGGAGCAUUCUGAUUCUGUAGUAAAAUUUAGAUCUGAACAUUGUUCAUCUUUGCAUUAUUUUGCGGUAUCAUCCCAAUUGCAAUUACCAGUUGAUGUUAUUAAUCCAUUAGCAUCUUUUAAUGUUCCAUCCUUAUUCUUGUGGCAUUAGUUUUGGGUAUAUGUUGAGCAUGCUGCCAAUGGAAUACACCCAGCUAAGUAAUCAGAUGUGCAAUUUGGAUUAGCUGA